AUGGCAGAUGCUCCAGAACCAGUCAAUUUCAUUCAAGACAAAUCUUUGGAAAUGCUUCUUGAUAGCUAUGCAAUCCAAUUGUCUUUAUCUGAUUAUUCAACAUUACCAAGAUAUCCUAGAUACCUUUAUGCCAAGUAUUUUGCUGAUGAAAUCAAGGAUCUCAUUACUUUGGAUUGUUCAAAAACAUUCAAAGAUGUUAAACCAAAUACAAUAUUGACUUUCCAUAGCACAGAAUGUGACGGAAGAGUAUAUAUAAAAGAUGGAAAUGUAGCAAUAUUACCUUUUGUUCCACAACUUAGUUACAAAGUCCAAUCAAGUCAAUUCAGAAUCGAGAUUCUAGGUCCCACUGGUAAAAAAUUCAAGUUUUUCAUGGUUACAAAACUUCCAGUUGGUAAGUCUCUCCCAAUUAACUUUAGGCAGAUCAUCUUAAGUGCUGAACAAAACUAUAAUUUCAACAAUGAUAUUAGAAUAUGUCAAUCUCUUCAGAGAAAUAUUGAAUGCAGUGACUUUUACGGAACAGACAAAAGACUCUUGCAUAUGAGAACAGAAUUCAUUAGGAAAUUCUCGGUUUUAAAAGAGAAAUUCGAUUUCCAUCUUGAGUGUUCAAUAUUCGAAGGCUACCAGGCAUUUAUUGACAAGUGCAGAGACAAAUUGCAAACAAUGGUCUAUGAUUUAUGUCAUGAUCUCCGUCACGAUUUCAAUCUCUAUUUUUCAAGAAAUGAGGCAAACAAGAAACACUUUAGAAUGGGAGGAAAAGGAUAUAUUGAGCAACUAUAUUCAAUAAUGAAAAGUAAAGGUAUCAAACCUGAAAUGUUAGGUGUAUUCUUAAGAUAUUUCAGAGUCAAUUUUGUUGGAGAAGGAGGUGUAGAUGCUGGUGGCCCAAGAAGAGAAGCUUACGACAAUUUAAUGGCAGAAAUCAUUGAUUCUGAUGAAUAUUUCGUCAGAUCUCCAAAGUCGAAAGAGAUGGGUUCAGUUGUAAAAAUACCAUCAUUAACUGCAAGACCAGAAUAUAUUUCUUUGGUUGGAUCUCUUGUUGCUUCAACAUUUCUCAAUGGUGUCAGAUUCCCAUUCAGAUUCGAGAAAUACAUUUGGAAAUCUCUUUUCGGAUAUCCUAUAACAGCAUCUGAUGCAAUGAGUAUCGAUUCUGAAUUAAUGUCAACUGUUAAUUCGUUGCGCUGUGGAUACAAAGGUGUUGUUAGAAUGAAAAGUUUAAGUGGAGAAUCACUUAAAGCAUGGGAAAUUACCGAAGAAACAGAAGAAGAAAAAGUACAAUCAAUACUUGAUGAAAUUAUAUCUCAAAGAAUUAAAGAAAUGAACAACGGUUUUGCACCAUUCAAAGAUGGUUUCCUUACAGUAAUUCCUUUUAAAUAUUUGAAGAUAUUAUCACCAGAUGUUAUUGAAGAAUUAUUAUGCGGAGAUAAUGAAAUUACUGCUUAUCAAUUAACAUCAAUUCUUCGUUUCAGAGGCAAUUAUCCAUUACAUUAUACAAUGUUCACAAGAUGCAUUGAAGAAAUGACGAAUAAAGAAAGAAUUUCUUUAGUAAAGUUCAUUACAGGAAACACAACAAAACCAGAUUCAAUUACUGUACAUUUCUAUGAUGAUGGCAGAGAACAUGAUAUGAAGAAUGGUCUUUUACCAUAUGCACAUACUUGCUUCAAGUCCAUCGACAUGUAUUUAUAUACAUCAUAUGAGGUGAUGCUUUCAAAGUUGAGAACAGCUAUUGAACAUGGAUCUCUUAUAUCAGAUGGAAAAUUUGACUUCUCUGCUUAUGUGGGAGGUUCUGGCAAUUAA